AUGGCAGUGCAAAGAGAAGCAAUAGCAGGAUCUUUACCAACGUCAGCAAAACUGAGACAAACAAGGAUACAGAGUAUAGAUAACAUACCUCCAUUUUCAUCCUCCAGUGGUCCUCUGGCUGAGGAGCUUCAGUGUUCUGUGUGUCUGGAAGUGUUCACUGAUCCAGUCAGCACUCCAUGUGGACACAACUUCUGUAAGAGCUGCCUGAACCAGUGCUGGGACAACAGUCAGGAUUGCAAAUGUCCAUUGUGUAAAGAAACAUUCAGUAAAAGACCCGACCUCAAGAUCAACACUGCACUUAGACAGGUUGCGCAACUCUUUCAGAAAAAGUCCAGUCUGAGUAAAUCUGAAGUUCUCUGUGACAUCUGUGAUGAAAGAAAGCUGAAAGCCCUGAAGUCCUGUCUGGUGUGUCAGAUCUCUUACUGUGAAACGAGCCUCGAGCCUCAUCAGAGAGUCUUGAAUUUAAAGAAACACAAACUGAUGGACCCUGUGGAGAAUAUGAAGGACUAUAUAUGCCAGAAACACGAGAGACCUCUGGAGCUGUUCUGUAGAGAUUAUCAGACGUAUGUGUGUGUGUUUUGCACUGAUGGAGACCACAAGACUCACAACACUGUUCCUCUAGAAGAGGAGAGUAAAGAGAAGAUGGCACAGCUGGUGAAGACACAGAAACACGUGCAGCAGAUUAUCCAGGACAGAAUUAGGAAGAUUCAGGACAUCAGACACUCAGCAAAACUCAGAAAACUGAUUUCAUUACAAAAAAAAAAAAAUCAGAAAACUGCAGAGCGAGAGAAACUGCACUCUAUUAAAAGAUGUCCGGCUGAGCUGCUGGAGAUGAUGGAGGAGAAGCAGAAAACAGCAGAGAAACAGGAUGAAGAGCUCAUUCAAGAGCUGCAGCAGGAAAUCACUGAGCUCAAGAUGAGAAACACUGAGCUGGAUCAUCUCUUACACACUGAGGAUUACUUCCAGCUCCUACAGAUUGAUCCAUCCCUGUGCAGUCCUCCACACACCAGGAACUGGCCUGAGAUCAGUAUGAACACUGAUGUGAGUGUGGAGACUCUGAGGAGAGCUCUGACUCAGCUGCAGGAAACCCUAGACCAGAAACUCAGUAAAACUGUGGAUGUGACUCUGGUUCCUGAUACAGUUCAUCCAAAUCUCACCCAAUCUGAUGAUAGGAAACAAAUGAGUCACAGGGGCAUUAAACAAAAGCUCCCAAACAACCAAGAGAGGUUUGAUCACUAUCCUGGUGUCCUGGGAAAAGAGGGAUUCUUGUCAGGGAGAUUUUAUUUUGAAGUGCAGCUGAAGGGAAAGAGUCAGUGGAAUUUAGGAGUGGCCAGAGAAUCUAUUAACAGGAAGGGAAAGAUCAGAGUGAGUCCUCAGGAUGGAUUCUGGGUUGUGGCUCUGAGGAGUGGGAAUGUAUAUUGGGCUUGUGCUGAUCCCUGUGUUUAUCUCUCUCUGAGAGUGAAGCCACAGAAGGUGGGGGUGUUUGUGUUUUAUGAGGAGGGUCUGGUCUACUUCUAUGAUGUGGAGUCCAGAUCUCAUAUCUACUCUUUCACUGGUCAGUCUUUCACUGAAAAACUCUAUCAUUUACUGAUCAUUGCACCUGUUAAUUACAAAUGA